GACAGCGUGUAUUUCUCCGUGGGACACUACUCAUAUUGGUGGGCGAGAAAUGGGUGACUGGAGUUUCCUGGGGAACAUCUUGGAGGAGGUGAACGAGCACUCCACGGUCAUCGGCAGAGUCUGGCUGACGGUGCUCUUCAUCUUCCGCAUCCUCAUCCUGGGCACGGCCGCAGAGUUCGUGUGGGGGGACGAGCAGUCCGACUUCGUGUGCAACACCCAGCAGCCCGGCUGCGAGAACGUGUGCUACGACGAGGCCUUCCCCAUCUCCCACAUCCGCCUCUGGGUGCUGCAAAUCAUCUUCGUGUCCACCCCGUCGCUGAUGUACGUGGGCCACGCCGUGCACCACGUCCGCAUGGAGGAGAAGCGCAAGGACCGCGAGGCGGAGGAGCUGAGCCAGCAGGCGGCCGACGGCGGCGAGCGCGGGCCGCUCACCCCCGACCAGGGCAGCAUCAAGAAGAGCAGCAGCAGCAGCAAGGGCACCAAGAAGUUCCGGCUGGAGGGCACGCUGCUGCGGACCUACAUCUGCCACAUCAUCUUCAAGACCCUCUUCGAGGUGGGCUUCAUCGUGGGCCACUACUUCCUGUACGGCUUCCGCAUCCUGCCGCUCUACCGCUGCAGCCGCUGGCCCUGCCCCAACGUGGUGGACUGUUUCGUGUCCCGGCCCACCGAGAAAACCAUCUUCAUCCUGUUCAUGCUGUCCGUGGCCUCUGUGUCCCUCUUCCUCAAUAUCAUGGAGAUGAGCCACCUGGGCCUGAAGGGGAUCCGGUCUGCCUUCAAGCGACCCACGGAGCAGCCCCUGGGGGAGCUGCCGGAGAAAUCCCUCCACUCCAUUGCCGUCUCUUCCAUCCAGAAGGCCAAGGGCUACCAGCUCCUAGAAGAAGAGAAGAUUGUGUCCCACUAUUUCCCUUUGUCUGAGGUGGGCAUGGUGGAAACCAGCCCACUUUCUGCCAAGCCCUUCAGUCAGUUCGAGGAAAAGGUCAGCACAGGGCCCCUAGGGGACUUGUCCCGGGGCUACCAAGAGACUCUGCCCUCCUAUGCCCAGGUGGGGGCGCAGGAAGCGGAGGGGGAGGGGCAGCCCGCGGAGGAGGGGGCGGAACCCGAGGCGGGAGAUAAGAGGCUGGAGGCGGAGAAGGCGACCGCCGAAGGGCUGGAGACCGCGGCAGUGUCAGACGGGGAGAAAGCGGAGACCCCGGGAACCGGCAAGGAGGGGGAGAAAGAAGAGCUGCAGGCCGAGAAGGUGUCAAAGCAGGGGCUGCUAGCUGAGAAGACGCCUUCGCUCUGUCCCGAGCUCACGGCAGACGACAGCAGACCCUUGAGUAGGCUGAGCAAAGCCAGCAGCCGGGCCAGGUCAGACGAUUUAACCAUAUGAA